AUGGCUGAACCUAUUCAGAAGAAGCGCCUCCUGCGCAUGACGGUAGCGCACUAUCGGCAACCCAAUGUCAGUGAAGAAGAGUUCUACCAAUGGGUCACAGAACAACAUGCUGCCCGUGCAGCGAAGCUUCAUGCCAAAAAUGGGAUCGAGGGUUUUUCAAUCUUCUUUGCCCCCAAGUCGUUCCGUGACUUCACAUCGGAGCUCAACAAUAUGCGCGGCAAUCCCUGGCGGGUGCGUGACUUCGACGCUCAGGUGGAGUUUUUGUUUCGCGACAUGGAAACGUUUUACAGGGGAGCAGCGGACGCAGAUUUCCAAGCGCUCCAGGCAGAGGAGGGACCCUUUAUUAGCGGCGAGGGCGCAGAGAUCAGUAUCGGUUGGAUUGAGACGUAUGUCAGUGACGGUAAAGUAGUCAACCUCGAUGAUGCUGGCAAGCCUACCUUCUCGGCCUUUGCGGACAUGAGUAAGGCGCCGUAG